AUGGCUUCUGCUAAAGUUGAUAUGUUAUCUCAUGUUUCUAGUUCAUCAGUUACUCAAUCAGGUUUCACUUCUAGAAAAAGUACUACUACAAGAAGGAAGAAGGCUGGUGUAGUGGCGUUCCAGUAUGUUGUAUGUAAUAAAGAAGGUUUUAAGGCAUCUCGUAAGCCUGUUGUGGAAGCUGUUGAAGAUAAAUCAGACAAGGCUCGUUCUACACGAAGGCGAAUGCUUACUCGUGUUGGUUGUGGUGCUCAAAUGUGUAUGAAAAACAUUAAUGGAUCAUAUGUUGUGACAUACUUCAAAGAAGAACAUAAUCAUCCUUUAUACACUCCUGGUUGUGCCAAAUUUCAUAAGCAUGGGAGGAAAAUGAGUAUUUUGCAUAAGAAGAUUAUUAUUGAUAAUUCAAAGGUUAACAUUGGUCCAGUGAAGUCUUUUAGAAUAAUGAAGGAGUUAACUGGAUCAUAUGACAAUGUUGGUGCAUCUAAGCAAGAUUUCAAAAAAUUUCAGAGAGAUUUGAAGGCAUUAAUUGAAGGAUCUGAUGCACAAAUAGCUUUUUGGCCAGAUCCUAUUUGUAGAAAGAAUUGUGCUCUUUUUGGAGAUAUGGUUUCAUUUGAUACUACCUUUUCAACAAAUAGGUACAAUAUGAUACUUGGGCCGUUUACUGGAGUUGAUCACCAUAAAAAGUGUAUUACCUUUGCUGCAGCUCUUAUAUCUAAUGAGGAUAUAGUGUCUUUUGAGUGGGUUUUAAAAACAUUUGUGAAGGCAAUGGGAGGUAAUGAGCCUCUCUGUUUGAUUACUGAUGAAGAUCCUGCAAUGAAAGUUGCCUUUCCCAAAGUCUUUCGUUCUACAAAGCAUCGGUUUUGCAUGUGGCAUAUUAUGAAAAAGAUGCCUGAUAAAGUGUGUCGUGAUCUUCCACCAGAUUAUGACUUUCUACAAAAGAUUUGCAAAGCUGUUUGGAGUGAAGAGAAUGAACCGUCUGAGUUUGAAGAGAGGUGGGCUAAGGUUAUUAGUGAAUUUAAGUUGGAAAACCAUGACUGGUUGUUGCAAAUUUAUGAGAAGCGUGAAAUGUGGAUUCCGGCUUAUUUUAGGGAUUUAUUUUUGUGUGGUAUUAUGCGAACCACAUCAAGGUCAGAGAGUGAGAAUAACUUUUAUACUAAGUUCACUAAUCCACAUCUUACCCUUGUUGAGUUUUACAUGAGAUUCGAAAGUGCUUUGGAUGCUCAACGCCAUACUCAAGGUGAAAAUGAUAAUUCUUCUAAACAUAAACAUCCUGAAUGCAAAACACGUUCUGCCAUAGAGAAAUUUGCUUCUGAAGUUUACACGACAACUGUUUUUUAUGAGUUUCAAGACGAGGUUGAAUCAGCUCUUUUCUCUUGUGGGCUUGAUAGUUUUAAGAAAGAAUUUGGAUUGGAUGUUUAUACUAUUGGAGAAGGUUGUCGUGUCCGUAAGUUUGAUGUUCUUUUUAAUGUUGAAACAUUUGAUACUAGUUGUUUAUGCAAGUCAUUUGAAAGGCAAGGGAUUCCUUGUAGGCAUAUGGUUUGGGUUUGGAAGGCAAAACAUAUUCAAAAAAUUCCCGAUGCUUAUGUGCUUAACCGGUGGAGUAUAAUGGCAUGUAAGAAGCCGAUUUUUGAUUUAGAAGGGAAUGAGUUGGAGCAAUGUGUUCAAGUUUUAGAUAGGAAGAGAUUGUUGAAUGAUUUGUGGAGUGAAAUUCAUUCUUGUGUGAGUUUGGCUCAAGGGAAUGAAUUGACACUAAGUGCUCUUGUGGAUAAUCUACGAUCAUUGAGGUUAGAUUUGGAAUCUCAAAGUAGUAUUGUUGAUGGAUUGAGUGGUAGUGUUUCUAGCAAUGCUCAAGAUAUUGAAUUGCUUAUUGGAGCUAGUGUGCCUAGUGAAAUUUUGAUCAAACCGCCUAAAGUAUCAAAGAACAAAGGAACCGGGGUUCAUGUUCAAGGUAGUGGAAGUGAUAAACGGUUGAAGAGUGAUAAAGAAAAAGCUAUUGAACAAAGUCAAAAGAAGAAGAGGUUGUGUAAAGGUUGUAAGAAGUUGGGUUACCAUGAUAUUCGUAAUUGUCCCGAAAAAGAAAAGUAA